AUGGAGUCCACAUCUGCUGAGCGGCCGGCUAAGCGAGUGCGGCAAGCUUGUGAACCAUGCAGGCGCAAGAAGGCAAAAUGUCCUGGGGAACAGCCAGUCUGCUCCCUAUGCUCCCGCUUAAACCAAAGAUGCGCGUAUGCUGCAGAGCACAGGAGAUCAUUGACAGCUGGUCUUGCCGUUUCAGGGGAACCGACUCCCGCCCCUUCCAGCUCAGAAAGAAUCUCUCAGGUAUUGGAGGAAAGACUCGGGAAUUUGGAAGCUAGAAUGGGAGAAGUUCUCGACGCCUUGGGGCAGAAUAAUCCUAGACAAGAGCAACGGGCAGUUGCUACUUCUACGACUUCAUUGAAUAAUGUCACGGCCUUGUCGAUGCUAAAUCCAACCACGCCUUUCCCUACAUGGGAGAAGGUGCUGUCGAUGGCGGAGCUGUACCUGAUAUACUGUCACUCCCAACCCCUUCCACUCUUUCAUAAGGACAGCUUCCUCAGCAGCCUGAAAGUACGUGACCCAGAGGUUAUAUAUGCCAUGUUGGCGUUGAGUAUCCGGUUCUCCGAACAUGAUAGCUCGAAUCCCAACGACCUUACAUCGCUUAUCAACGGCUAUACUGAGGUAGCCAGAGGCUUGGUUAUGAAGAGAGUCUCAGAAGGACCUAUAGAGCUCUCAACUCUGCAAAGCUUAUGCCUUCUAAGUUUGGUUGACUUUGCCAAUGGAAAUGCACAUCGGUCAAGCAUUCAUUGCACUUUAGCGAUGAAUUUAGCACAAUGUGCCAACCUUGGUUCAGAGUCUCACCUGGUGCAAUCCCCAACUGCACGAGAAGAACGCCGGCGCUGUUUCUGGAGUAUAUGUCUUCUGAAGCGUCUCCACGGGGUUGAUUUCGAUAAUCUGGAUUUCGCCGACGGCUGCUUUCCCCCCUUUCCAGAGAGCCCCAGCCGGCCGCCGCCGACAAACUCACUAAGCGAUGGGACGAAUGUAUCCCGGUCAUCAGGCAUGCAGGAUCAGGGUAUACUAGCCUACGUGAUCAUGCUCAGCGAGAUUUUUGCAAAGGCUGCGCGAUACGUCAGACGCCACGGGAAGCCGAGCAAUGUGCCCCCGUGGUCUUCGCAAUCAGAAUACUCCAAGAUACUGACUGCUCUGAUGGAACGCGAAACGCAGAUGCCAUACAGUCACAGAUUUAAGCCAGCUAACUUAAGUGAAAGGACACUCGACGACCUUCAAGAUAAGAGAGAUUACUGGGGUCCAUGGUUACUAAACCAAUUCCUGUAUCAUACGAUUUUGUGUCUUCUCAAUCACCCGCUUCUGCUCUCCCUCAGCCUGAGAAACUUUCGGAGUACGAUCCCGGAGAUAUUCUUGCAGCACACCUCGGAUUUGAUUUCAUCGCAUACGACUUGGAUAAUCCAUUUUAUCGACUACUUCGAGGAGAGGUCUUUCAUUGUCUCGGAUCCUUUCAUGGGUUAUAGUGCCGCCGUGGUGGCGACAAUUGAACUGCAACUAAGCUUUACGGAGAACAGUGCAAUCCGCGAAGAAAAGCGCAAUCGGUUCUACAAAUGCGUCGGGUUUGUGCAAACUCUCGGGCACAAGUGGCCUCAUAUGGCACGCUUGGCGGACAGAUUGCAGAGGCUGGAAGACGCAGUGUCUGCAUCCUAUGAAUUGGAAUCCGGUGCUCAGAACAAGUACUUACUCAUAGAUCUCUCACGCUUUUGGGAGAUCCUCGAGUAUUCCUCCAACAGUGACGCAGAUUCUGCCCGUCGCAUGUUUGGGGAUUCCCUUUAUACGGAGGCACCUACACUUGGUGCUGAAGUGUCGCAGACGUCUCCCUUACCCGAACCUUUUCGUCUGCACUCGCAACAAAUAUCACCACAGUCGCCAACGUCACAGUUUAACAUUCAGACUCCCCUUGCUACAGGUGCACAGUACCCUAUGGGGGUCGGUUCGCCCUUACACGAUGAAUUCUCAAUACUCGCCGCGAACUUCUUCUCUCAAGCCCAGGACUUUCUGCGAAGCGGUGAUCCUAGGGACGGCUUCGGGAAUUUUUGA